AUGUCCUGCGUGCAAUCCCUUUCUUUAUUUACUCGUAUAUAUAUUACUUCAGUACUUCGAGCAGUGCGGCAACCCCAACGAACGCUGCAGGAUCUACUUGAGGAAGAUCGAGCGCAGUUCUCCACCCGUGAGCUGACGGUGCGCACCAUCGACAAUUGCAUCGUGGUCGAGGGACAGCAUGACGAGAAGGAGGACGGUCACGGGGUCAUCUCGCGCCACUUCAUCCGCAAAUAUAUGCUGCCCAAGAGUUUCGACCCAGCCGAGGUCCACUCGACGCUCUCUUCGGACGGCAUUCUCACCGUCAAGGCGCCACCGCCCCCUACACCCGCCAACAAGGCGGGUGUGGAGCGGCUCGAACGCAUCGUCGACAUACAGCAGCUUUUGCAGUCGCAGUUGCAGCCGAAGGAUGCGCAGACGCCAAAACCGGUUCCGACAGAGGCACACGCACACGCAGAGGCAGAGUCGAAGAGUGUCGCCGCCCCAACACCAACAGCAGGAGCAGCAGCAGCAGCAGCAGCCACCCCGGAGAGCAACGGUAAUGGCCAGGCUGAGGCAGAGACAGGAGGGGGCAGGGGAAGCAACUGAAAAUUAAUUUCGUCAUCUUGGCUAUAAUUAUGA